AUGCAAAGCCCUAUUGGGCAGUAUGCUGCUCCGUCCUGUGAUGUUGUGGCCCAAUCUGGCCGACUCAAAUGGUACUGCAACGAAAUUCUCAGAAGAAUCGAGGGUUCAGGACCUAUUUCAGUAAUAGAGUUCAACAAAGAAGGCACACAUCUGGCUUAUGGAAACGCUGAUGGGAUUGUUAGUGUCAUUGAAAUUGGCCAAGCGGAUCUUUCUGAAACAACACACCAUUGUCACUCCUGUUCGAAACCCUAUCAAGUUUUCUUAAGCCACGAACCAGAGUUCGACUGUCUGAAGUCUCAAGCAAUAGAGGAGAAAAUCAAUCUUAUACGCUGGCUCCCGAAAUCCGGGCUUUCCCACUUCUUGUUAUCUUCCAAUGAACGUACUAUAAAACUUUGGCAGUUGACUGAACUACCGACACAAUCGUUUACAAAUCUGAAUUUCCCCAUUGAAUCCGGUUGCCGACGUAAAGUUGUUAUCAGGUCAUUAUCCGAUAUCAAAGUCCCUGUCUGUUUGAAGAAUUAUGGAAAUACAAAUAUACGUGUACAGAAUAAAAAAGUAUUUGCUCGUGCCCAUGGCUUUUCAAUAGUCGGUUUGUCACCCUCUGCUGACCGUGAAACUUUCUUCUCUGCCGAUCCACUGAGGAUUAAUAUGUGGAACUUAGAAGUUACUAAUGAGGUGUUCAGUGUCAUUGAUCAUAUGCUUGAUCGUUUGGACGAUCGCUCACAUCUGAUCACUGGAAUUAGUUGUAGCAAUUCUUCUCCAUCAUUAUUUGCAUAUGGCACUAACAGAGGUUCCAUUUUUCUUUGUGAUACACGGUCAAGCUCUCUUUGUGACCACGCUUCUCUUGCUUUUCAUAGUCUUGCUGCAGACGAAUCAGAUGUGCUUACAAUUCUCACUAAUUCAGUUUCCGAUUUGAAAUUUGGCCAAUGCUCCGAUUACAUUAUAUUUUCCCGUGAUUAUUUGAGCGUUAAAACUUGGGAUUCACGAAUGCCAACUCAACCAGUUGAAGUUUAUCCUGUCCAACGUCAUUUAAAAAAGCAUUUAACUGUUUUAUACGAAAGUGAAUUACUUUUUGAUGAUUUCAAAUUAACUAUAUCUUCAAAUGAUCGUUGUAUAAUGACUGGUUCAUAUAAUAAUACUGUGAAAGUAUUUGAUCGACAAAAUCCAAUUGAAUGUUCUUAUAAACUUAUUAUGCAAGAUGAAGAUAUGAAUGCAUUCCAUGAUGCAUUUCGUACAACUGAUGAUAAUACUUCUGUGUUUGUUUCACCUAUAUCAUCAUCAACAUCAUCACCCGACGGUACUGAAUUAACGUGGCCACGAAGGAUACAUGAUGAUUUGAUCGAUAUCACUGAAAACUUUACCAGAUCAUCAUUUUCAGAUAAUAAUAUUAAUGAUAAUACUAGUACUAAUAAUCCCAAUGUCAAUGAAUCCAUAUUCACUGUGGAUGUUGGACGUAAAUGGUUGCAAGUUAGUUGGAGACCUUGGUCUACUGUAGCUGCUGUCAGUCAUACAGAUGGUAUCCACCUUAUUGAAGCAAUAAAUUAA